AUGUUACGGCAGGAUGUACGGACAUUGUUUUUGGAAAGAGUUUGGAUGAUUUGGUGUUUUUAUAGUGGAGAACGGUCGCACUUCGAGAAGCUUCGAUCACGUGGGGGCGGUUUUUUGCAGCAGACCGAUGGAAAAAGAAGAUGGGCGGCGGAAAUAAUUAUGCGGCCAUUUGAAAGUUUCAUUCCGAAAUUUUCACUUUAUUUUUUUUUUGGGCGAUGUUCUCCCAGCAAUCAUUCGUCCUCUUCCAGAUCCUGCUCACUAGAGAAGAACCUAUCUCCUGCAGACAAGCGCACACCCCCAGAUUUCAGGCCCCAGAUAACGCUGAUAAUCCUCUACCACCUCCAUUCCCAUCUGCCCAAUUGCUCAAUUGCUCUCGAUGGGAUGAUCGCAUCACUUCCUAUAGAAAUCCAGGUCCAGAUCCUCUCGUCGACUGCAGGAAGCGCGCUCCGGGCCACCAAUUCCCACUUCUACUUGUUGUACAACGACCUCUACUUCAAUAAACUAGUGCGUGAGUUCGGCGAGGAUGUGGUACAGACGCUCCAGAAAGUUUAUCCGUGGUUGCGCAAGUAUAUAAAGUCGCUCGACCACUUUCGGCGGAAAAACCGUGAGAUUGUCUCCAAACGCCUAGAUCUAAAAGACGCCCAAUUCUGGCAGCAGCAGAACUUGCCUGUGGAUGUGGUGUCGUCCAAGUACAUCAAAGAUUCGUGGAAAUACGUGUAUGCGCUCUUCAAGAAUAAGCGCUUGUUUGCGGACUACUCCGAUUACCGCAUAGACGAGCCCAGCAACUAUAUCUAUAAUCAUUACGUAGAAAUUAACCGUACGUACCUUCUCUCGUUGAGCAAAACCAUAUGGUUGGCGCCGGGGAAAUACAACCUCAACAUCGGCUUGGUGGUCAAACAUGGCAGUGGGCUAGGGACCACCAAGUUCGAGGUCAGUUUCCGUACACCGCAGGGCGACCCAGUGGUCAAGACGUUCUAUCCGCCCACGAACAUCAACGAGAUUCUACCGAAGAACCAGUUUUGUCUCUUGAAGGUGGCCGAGUUCGAGAUUCCACGCAUUCCUACAGAGCCAAAGGGCUCUUCUUCUGCAUACCAUCAUAAGCAACUAUACAAGGUGCAGCUCGUCAUGGAAGAGAUUGGGCUCUACCUCAAAUCUGGCUUCACUAUUUAUUUCAUUGACUUCCUGCAGCCAUCCAUGCUCUUCAACGACUAUGACUUGCUCUACUAUACAUGCAAGAAUACAGACUACCGCAAAUACAUCAAUAUUCCGUUGAAGAGCUUCUACAAGGUUCUCUCGUACGUUCAAAAUCAGAACGUCGACGACUACCAGACUGAGAUACCAUAUGGUGAAGGAGACCCCGCACGCAUGGUCCAGAAUUUGGACUCAGAGCUUAGAUUUGACGGCAAGGACAACAUCAGCUCGGACAAAGAGCUCUUGGCUUAUGCCGACUUCUUUUUCGCUAACGACAACAAGCGUUCUUUCAAGUUUAACACAGUAUACCAGAGAAGACAGUUCAUCAAUAGAUUCGGCAGUUUCGAAGACGGUGCUGAAGAUGAGGGCCCCGACAGCGUGUGUACCUACGACCCAGAUGGACUCAAAUGGAAAGUGCCUAUUCUUGGAGAGCUCUGA